AUGACGAAUGGGGGUGUACUAAUACCCGAGAACGCUAUUCUCCUCUACAACGUAUUCAAAUGUGGCCGUGACCCGAACCUAUGGGAAGAUCCGUGCUCCUUCAAGCCCCAGAGGUUCCUGGACGGCUUGACGGGUGCGCUGUCCACCAAGGACAAGCCCGCGCUGCUGUCCUUCGGACUGGGCCCCCGAAGCUGCGUUGCGGAAAAGCUCGUGCCCACCGUUCUCUUUUACGUUCUCGUCAGGCUGAUGCAGCGCACGACCUGGAGCCUGCCGCCUGGCGAGGUUUACGACCCCACGCGAACCGACGGCACAACAUUGCUGUUGGCACCGACAGACCGGCGCGUAAUCGUCAGCAAGAGGAACAAAUGA